UUGCUGCUGACUUAAGAGGCUUUCAGUUGGCGUGCUCAGUGAAAAACGGUUCACAUGAGAGGAUGAUAAAUGUCAGGAAAUCCUUUUUCAGCCUGUUCAGUUUGUAUCUGAUAUUUUCGAACAGUGAAUGUUGCUUUGACGAUGGCUGUUAUCUGCCAAAACCAAACAUCACUCUGAAAGCUAUUAAUGACAAGCAGACCCUUGUGGUGAGCUGGUUGGUAAAACACAGCAGUUUCGUGGGUGACAUUUAUGAGAUCGAGCUCAGCCGCACUGAACAGCACACCGUUAUUUACACUAAAAAUAUGAGCGUAUCCCUUGGAGAUUCGGCCAUAUACACAUGGACAUGGAUCUCUGAUCUGCCUCUGGAGUGUGUUGAUCACUCUGCCAGAAUGCGAUACUAUAAUCAGUCUGUUCAGAGUCCUUGGAGCAACUGGAUAACCAACUCUGGAUUCAAAGCAAACGAUGAGAUCCAAAUUUUUCCCUCCAGCCGUGUGCUGAGGCAGGGCAGCAGUGCCGUGUUCUGCUGUAUUCCCCCAACAGGUGUGAACGUUAAAAGAAUGACCUUCAGGAACAAGGAAUACCGUCUUUUGAGCAUUGGAGGCGGAGUAAAAGCUAUUACUGUAAACAACCUCACUAUCCCAAAAGGAAUAAUUAAGCAUUUGUUACUGAGUUGUGAUGAUGCAACAGGCAACAGUGUCCAUGUCUCGAACUACAUCAGUUUUCCACCCCAGAAACCCAGAAACCUCAGCUGUGUAACCUUUGACAUAGCAUCUGUCACCUGCACCUGGGAUUCACCCAGAAAGCGACUCCUGCAUGAUCGCAACGUGCAAAUUUACACUCUCCACAUAGAAAACUCAGACAAGGCUCCCUUCACCUGUGAGCAGUUAUCAUGUACUUUUCCAGCUGUGCCACACCUGCAAAAUUAUAACAUCAGUGUGUGGGUGAAGGACAAGCUAGGAGAGGAGAUGGAACGUUAUAGCUUCAACAUCUCUGACAGAGUGUUUCCUGUUGUGAAGUCGCUGAGAGUGAACCGCGGGGUGACAGACGCCACAGUGUCCUGGAGCAUGCAGGAAAGCUUGACUCAUAUGAACCUUAUCUGUCAGGUUGCUACAGUCCCACUCGGCACCAUGGAGCUGAGGUGCAACGACAUUAUGAGCAGUUUCUGCGACACAAAACUGGAACACCUGGUUCCCAACACGAAGUACAAUGUCAGAGUACGCUGCACUGUCAAUGGACGACUCUGGGGAGAAUGGGCAGAAGAAACCUUCAUAACAGAUCCACUGGUGUCCUUGGAUUUAUGGAGAAGAAUACAGCCGCUGUCUAACUGGCGCACCCGUCAAGUUACUCUGAUAUGGAAGCCACGUAUUGCUGGCACAGCAGCCACAAUAAACAUACAAGAGUACACGGUUCAGUGGUCACAGGAAGGCCAAACAGAGUCGAAGAACAGCAGCAUGGGCCAGGCAGUGGUGUCCAUUGGUCCAGGAAAGUGUGACUUCACUGUCCAGGCUGUCCUCCCCUCUGGCACCUCCAUCCCCGCCAACAUCACCAUCCCACCAGCAGAGCACAAAGAAAAUCUCCCAGUACAGAAACGUUUAGACAGCACCAGCGAGGGUGGUUUCAAUCUGACAUGGGAAGAGCAGAGCACUGCCACCUGUGGCUAUGUUGUGGAGUGGUGCGUGCUGGGAAAUGCAGUGCCUUGCACUCUGCAGUGGAAAGUGCCAGAGGGAAAUAAUGCAUUGUUAUUACAUGCUAGUGAAUUCCGAGCAGGUUACAGGUAUACAUUUUAUAUUUAUGGAUGCACGGACGAUGGACAUAGACUACUGGAGAUACAAACUGGUUACUCACAGGAAUUCAAAUCUGUUCAGCGCCCAAGUCUGGUUGAACCUGUUCAGAGUACUUCCUCUUCUGUGUCACUGGAGUGGCAUUACAAUGAAGAUGAUCCAGCUCAGCCAGCAUUCAUCAUGGGGUACCUGGUUACAGUGCAGGAAGUAGGAUCUGUUUUGCUGCCAGAUCGGUCCAAUGUCUCAGUUGCAGAUCCCCACGUGAAGUUUGUGACCAUACAGAGUCUGAAGGAGAACACAGAGUAUACUUGCUCUGUGAGUGCUCUCACUAAAGAGGGGCCUGGGCUACCAGCCAGCAUUACCUUCAGAACCAAAAUCAACUACUCUUCUCUCAUAAUCAAGGUAGUGACUCCCAUCUUUUUCCUCAUGGGCUGCACUGUUCUCCUGUGGUCCCAAGUGAAAAUUGUGAGGAGCGGGCUGAAGGAGAUAUUUAUCUACCCUGCGGGUAUGAACAUUAAAACUCCAGAGUUUGAAGGCUUCCUGCAUGAGACUGAUCAGUGGCUGCAGUCUCAGAAGCCAGAGGAGUGCAUCAGCUGUGACAUCGAGAUUUUGAAUGGCAGACCCUCUCUAAAUGAAAUAACCGCACUGAGAGAUUCUGAGCUUAUGAAUGAACCAUGCUCUCCUAGUUUGCAGUCCUCGCUUUCAUCUUCAUCCCCUUCUUGCAUGCUGCUCGAAGCAAAUUACUGUCCACAGUUAGCUACUCUGCCCUGGGACAGACCAGCCUCUCAGCAAGUCACAAGCCUGAUGAACAGGAGUUACUUAUACACUUUGAAGGAGGGUUACUCUGAACCACCUAACGUUGUAUUCAGUGAAACCAAAUCAAGCUUUGAAGCUUCUGACUGCCCCCUUGAAUCAUGUGGUGUCAUAUAUGGUUAUAUCGCCAAUGAUUCUUUAUAAGUACAGUGGAACCCCGACUUACGAAAUUAAUUCGUUCCUGAGGGUCUUUCGUAAGUCGAAAAUUUUCGUAACUCGAAGCACCCAUCGCGCCUUUUGAGUGAACGAUAGGCUAUAGCAGGGGUGUCAAACUCAAAUACACAGUGGGCCAAAAUUCAAAACUGGAACAAAGUCGCGGGCUAACAUUAAUAUUUAUUGAAAAAAAAAAAAAAAAAAAUCUUCCUCCAGAUAUAAGAAUGAAUCUUUUCUUAUGGACUCAAACAAGUUUUGCUGAAAAACUGAAUAUGGAACAAGCAAAGCUUAAUACUAAACAAUAUAUAUAUUAGCUGUAUAAUACCAGUAGACCAGCUCUAAUAGUAAUAUGGUAUGUAAUUAGGCUGCGGGCCAAAUUUGGCCCGAGGGCCAGAGUUUGACACCUGUGGGCUAUAGGCUAAUUGCUAACUGCAACAACAAUACGUCGUUCAAGUGGAACAGCUAAGCGCAAGUACGAAAGCCAAGGGGGUUGUCACAUGAUUCGGAAGGCAUUGUGGGCAUUGUAGGCAUUCUGGGCUCAGCCAAUCAGAGCCAGCGGAUUUCGUUACGCGGGCAUUAACACGGGCAGAAAUAUUGCCGUUAAGUGCCUUCGUAACUUGAAUUUUUCGUUAAAUGGGGUAUUCGUAAGUCGGGGUUCCACUGUACUGAGUCAAGUCUGACUCAGUAUUUCUUCCUGUCCCAUACUGUAAAUACAGAAUUUGUUUAUUAGACAUAUUGUGAAUCAACUAUCCUGUAUUCAUGCUAAACUUUAAAUUACAGAAGUGGUUUUGUUUAAAAAUGAUAUCCUAUAGGCGUUAUCAUACAAAAGAAUCAAUAGUGCACAAAACUCACAUCAGAUUGUCUAAGGUUUGAUGUGAGAAGAGAAACAAAAACUCAGGAUUUUGCUCAACUGUGAAGGAACUGGAGAUGUUAUCUACAGGAUGUAAGUGCUGCAACAGAUAAGGUAGAUGAGCAGGCUUAGAUGUUUGCAUAUUUUCUGAGCAUGACUUUUUAAACAUAGCUUGUGAUGCAGAAGGUGCUGAUAGUGGUGUAGUUGUUGAUGGGACGUAGGUACAAUGCUUGAAGUGUAUUCUGUGCUGUGCUAUAUGAAUCCAUAGUUAAAAACGCGACUGGUGUAGCAUUGCUAUUAGCUUAUUUGGUUCAGCAGGUGAGUCAUGUGCCCUUUGAAAUGAAAGCAUGAAUAAAGUGCUUUUCUAUAUAAAUGUAAGAACAUUAUUAGAGAUAUUAGUUUACGAAUUUUUAACACUCUGCCAUCUUUUUACCUUUUCUCCAUAUCCUUCUAGACAUCCCAGCCCUGUCUGAUUCUGUGGCAUGCAUGCUCACAUUCACACUAGAUUAACUUGGCUCAACUUGUUUUCUUUUCUUUUCAGAAUCCCAUUAAAUGGCUUUCUUUUUAUUUUCCAGCAUUAUUAAAAUAUCAGUUUUCUCUAUUUUGUCAUGCCCUGAAAGUUGAAUCAUGGGAAAAACAAAACAGAAGGUUGAAUAAA